UGACAACAGUGAAAAAUGUCUCUCAAUUUUUCUUGAUUGUAAUAUUAUUUAAUUUUGCUGUCGUUUUUACGCAGAAUUACGAAAAUGGAAACUGAGUCCAUUCCGGACAUUCCAAACGAUAACCCGGAGACAUACUGCCGACUGUGUUUUUCGGGUUUCUACGUGGAACCGGUUUUUCCGUCUGAUACUGAUCCUAAGUUAGCAUUGAUUGAUCUCAUUGCCCGACAUGUAGAUAUUCAUAUUACACCGGAAACUGACUAUCCUUGCUCAGUUUGCCGGAUGUGUCAGAUGACGCUAGAGAGCUUUGCUAAAUAUCGUGAACGUUGUCGUCAGCUGGACCAAGUACUACAGCGUAAGCGAUUAGAAGUGAUGCAGAUGCACGUGAAGGUUGAACAACAGCAGGUGUUGUCACAAAACGCCGUUGGUUUUGAACAGGACACAAUUUACUACCUUAGCGAUACAGAUGAUGGCGAUGUAGAUGGUGAAGAGGAACAGGUUAGACAGCAUGAACCAAGCGAUAAUAUGAUUGAAGCACAAGAUGAGGAGGAUGAACCUAUCGAUGAGGAAAUUGAAGAGGAGCUGAUUAAAGGCGACACACUAAUCAAGCCCGAACCGUACACUGAAGAUGAAUACGGAGAGAAUCAGCCGCAAUUACAUCAGCAACAACAGGAACGACCUGAAAAUUCCCAUGAUGUAGAUGAUGUUGUGGUUUUACUGUCAGAAGAAGAUGAAAAAUCAGUGGAUGGGUCAACACGGGCGAGCAGUGAGGCUCGCAUUGAAGAACAAACACCGGAAGAGCCGACGAAACCUCUACCCUUUGAAGUUACAUCUGACGGUGCCUAUCGAUGUACCAUCUGUCAAAAAGUAUUCCGUUUAAUGAAGGAAAUUAAGGCACACAUUCGCAAAAGUCAUCCUGAAGAAUCACAGAUCUAUUCGUGUCGCUUUUGCCAGAAAAAAUUUUCCGACACUGGGUCGUUGCGUGUGCACACACGUUUCCACACUAUGGAUUUCCCGCAUUCAUGUGAAGAAUGUGGUGCAAAGUUUACUAUGAAAGAUCGUUUAGAUAAACAUGUCGCGCGAUAUCACGACAAGAACUCGCCAAGUUAUACGGAUAAACGGUUCAAGUGCACACUUUGUCCUCGAAUAUUUCUGCAGGAUCAAGCUAGAAAUAUGCAUAUAAUCCACUUUCAUGAUGUGAAACCGGCUGAUGCAUCGGUAGAGCCCAGUUUGCCGGUAGAGCAAGUAUUCUACUGUGAAGUUUGCCAAGAAGCGAUUGAAUCAUGCAGUGGCCAUCUACAAGAUCGGCACCCUCAGGCAGGUGAACCGGGUGCAGAAUCAAAACCUAAAAUUUCGAAGCGAUAUAAAUGUGCUGAUUGUCCCAAGCUUUUCCGCCAUAGAACCGCCUACAGGUCCCAUGUAAUGAUCAACCACGGUACGAUGCCCCACAAAUGUGAUGUAUGUGGAAGUUGCUUCGAGAGAAAGGCAAAACUGACGAAACACAAAGAACGUUGGCAUGGAGAGAAUGCCAAGGGUAAGGUUUUGGAACGAUACAAGUGUGAUCACUGUGAACGAUUUUUUGUUCGCAACCAAGAUCGUUUCAGACAUGAGCAAAUCGUUCAUAACAUCGAGGCACCAGCAAAAUUGCCGACAGUUUGGGAAGGCAGGAAAAGUAAUUUCCCUUGUGCGAAAUGUGAUCGUAAAUUUCCAUCGAUGAAGACGAUGAGAAUACACUUUUCCUUAAAACAUCCGGAAGUUCCUGUUAGAUUCAAGUGUACGGUUUGCUCUAAACUUUUCAAACACAAGACUUCACUGCGAGACCAUAUGGCCAAUCACACCGGUCAGCAACCGUAUGGUUGCGAUCACUGCGAAGAGCGGUUUAUCCGUAAAAAAGAUAUGGAACGACAUCUGGAAGCCGUUCAUGGUACUGAUGGUGACGAAAAUACAUCAGGAAAGCGAGAAAGGUUCGCCUGCAAGUAUUGUCCACGUAAAUUGCUCUCAAAAACCGCUCGUUUUUUGCACGUCAAACAUAAUCAUGCUGAUAAAGAGCCAAUCUCCAAACAAGUUCUUCUGUCGUUGCCCGAUUCUCUGACCUGCUCGCACUGUAAAAAGACAUUCACCAGCCGUAACACGUUGAAGCUUCAUGUCCUUAACCAUCUGGGCAAAUUACCCCAUCAAUGCGAUCAAUGUGAUGCUGGAUUCUACAAGCCGGCAGACCUGCUGAAGCACAAACAACGCUACCAUACCGGUGGCACUUCUUUAAGCUUAGCAAGCCGGUUCAAAUGCGCAUAUUGCCCACGUAUCUUUAUUCGAAAAUCGGCCCGACGCUACCAUCAUACCGUAUUUCAUGGUAUUGAAUCGAAGAAGAACAUAGUCCCAUCUGCCUCUGGAAGCGGUCGAUCCAAAUCCGGUGGCAAACGCAUUAAGACCGAUCCGGACGUGGAACAUCCUUGCGCGCUCUGCUCGUUGGUCUUUGUAACCACCAAUAUGUUACAAACACAUCAUCAACAGCAACAUCCAGAUCAACAAUUCUAUUACAAGUGUCCGCACUGUCCAAAACGAACUGUGCAUCGGAACUCGUACCUAUCACACAUAAAGGUGCAUAUUGGUGGCUUUCGGCACCCUUGUGACGAAUGUAACGCUCAAUUUGAUCGAAAGGUGUCACUGGUCAAUCAUAAGCGUCGUUACCACGGGGAAUCUGGUAAAAGUCAAUUACGAUUCUAUUGCACUUUGUGUAAUCGGGAGUUCGUGCGCAAUCAAGAUCGCGUUCGCCAUCAAAAAACUGUGCAUAAUUAUCAGGUGCAGAGCAGUACAUCGGCUGAUACUACAACUAGUGCAGGACCAUCCAAGAAGGUUGGUAAGAUCAAAAUUAAGUUGGAAAGAUGUAUAGUAGAGAGUAAUCUUCCCGAACAAACGGCCGACGAGCAUAAUCAGUCUAGCGGACUAGAUACAUCAACGGACACCCCCAAGAAAAAAUGUUUCGUCGUGUCUAGCGAUGUGGAAGACUGUGGUGAGGUGGAAGACGACGAUGAUGAUCAACAUGCCGGCGAAGCGAAGGAAAUGAUAGAAGAGGACCCGGUGCCGACCAUAUCGAGCGUAAUUUCCAUUAAACAGGAAACAAUGUCGGCGCGAAAAACGUAUUGCGAUUAUCCGUCAGAAUUUUAGACAGAAAAAGAUAGUUUUGUUGUACAAUUGACGGGUAAGCAACAUUUAUUCAGAUUCUAUUAAUAAAGAAUUGCGAAUUUGAGAAAUUCGAAUAUUUUACACUUUUUUUUAAAUCGAGUGAUAAACACAAGCUA